UAUGGAUACAGCUUUUAUAGUUUUCCAUUUGUUGGUCUUGUGUGGAGGUAAUGCUGUGCAGUUUCCAGGACUUCACUUUUUAAUGCCAUCUCUGUUUUGUUUUGCUGAGGAUCUUAUUCUCAUACAUGAUUGUGCAAUUAUGACCAAAGCACUUUGGAAGUAAACUUUAUGAUGGACUCCACUGGACAAAGGAGGAAGUAUACAAUUUUUAUGUUUCAUUUUUUGGUGUUUAACACUGCAUCCUCUCAUGAACCCUCAUCUGGAAAUACAGUGAAUGUGAGCAGUGUGAGGCAGUUUGCAGAUACCGUCUUAGGGCAGCAUAUGCUUCCCUCCUGGUAUUAUACAUCUGUUGAUGCUGUGCCCGAGCAUGGCGCAGUCAGUUUACAGUCUCACAACAGAUGGCGAACACAGAUGGCUUCCUCCAAAACUGUUUAUUCAUUUGAAGUGAAAGAAGACACAGCACCAGUCAGUGCAUCACCCAGUAAUUAUUCAUCAUCCAAUGUGUUGACAGGAACAGUUGUGGGAAAAGUGGAAACAGCAUUUGAGAGUCACACGCCUAUCGCAUAUUCAGUGCAGGAGGAUGACGGAGAGAACCUGUUCCUCCUCAGCCCCCUCUCAGGGGAGUUCCUAUUAUCCCGCAGCCUGGAUUUCGAAGCACAAAGAUUCUACAUUCUCACAGUGGCGGUGCAGCAGGGGGAUUUGCCGGUGUCCAGUGUCAGGGUGUACUUCAGUGUGUUGAAUGUGAACGACAACCCCCCUGUUUUCAGUCAGGAUACCUUUUCUGCAUCGUUGCUGGAAGACACACGGGUUGGCACUUGCUUCCUGUCCUUGAAUGCGUCAGAUAAAGACGAGGGUGACAAUGGAGGGUUGAAACUGACCGUUGUCGAUGGAGAUGAAGAGACAGAGUUCUUCAUAAACUCAGUUGGUAGUUUGUGCCUGAACAAAGAGUUAGACAGAGAGAGACAGUCCUCCUACAAUCUGACGGUCACAGCCAAUGACUGUGUCCAUCCUGUGUCUUUACAGCUGACCAGCACAGCACAUGUUAUCGUGGUGCUUAUUGAUGUCAAUGACAAUGCUCCAUUGUUUGUGUCAGCCAAAAGUGUCAGUGUACCAGAGGACACUGCACUUCAUUCUGCUGUAAUGACUGUACAUGCUGAGGAUGAAGACACUGGAUCCAACGGGGAAGUUUUGUAUUAUUUAAACAGCAUUUCUGGAGGCACGUUCAGCAUCGAUAACGGAAGUGGAAUAAUAUACCUGGAGGGGACAUUAGAUAGGGAGCAAGUAGAUACUCUGACUAUUACUAUAACAGCCACUGAUAGAGGCUCACCCAGGAUGGCAACAACUAUGAAUCUCACGGUGCACGUUGAAGAUGCGAAUGAUCAUGACCCUGAGUUCUCACGAAGCACCUACAAUCUGACAGUAAGAGAGGACAUCCCCAGAGGAACCAGCUUGUUCCUGGUCCGGGCUCAUGAUCGAGACAUCGGGCCAAAUGGACAAGUGCGGUACUUGCUGACCCAGGCGAGUCCGUUUGUGGUGGACACGGUUCGAGGUGUCCUCACAGUCAUGGAUAAACUGGACAGAGAGAGGGAGUCAAACUACACCUUAUUCAUAACAGGUGUAGAUCAAGGGGACAAACCCAGAUCCACUACUGCUGCAUUCAGUGUCACAGUGUUGGAUAUCAACGACUCUGCACCCCAGUUUUCUCCAGAAACACUGAUCUUACACGUCAUGGAGAAUGAGGAGGAUCCCGCUCAGCUAACACAUCAGCUCUCAGCUUUGGACAAAGAUUUGGGGGUCAACAGCCAACUUACUUAUUUCAUACAGAAUGGAAAUAGUGAUGGUUUGUUCUCCAUCACUCCCAAUGGCACUUUUCAGAUCUUACACAGCCUGGACAGAGAGAAGGAAUCACUAUAUAUCGUCACCAUUAUUGCUGUUGAUUCAGGAUUGCCACCUUUAACAGGUACUCUUACUGUACAAGUCAUAGUGGAUGACAUCAACGAUAAUCGCCCAGAGUUUACUGAGGAAGACUACAACACCAUAGUGUCAGAGGACAGUCCCACAGGCACAGUGUUUGCCAUGAUAAUGGCAUCUGACAUUGACGAGGGUGUCAGUGGGGAAAUAAGGUAUUUCAUGGAGAAGCUUGAUAUACCUAUUGCUAUUGAGGAAACAUCUGGAGAGCUGUUUACAACUGAUGUCCUGGACAGGGAGACAGUAGCCAUCUACAGGCUGACAGUGAUUGGCAGUGAUAAGCAUCCUACUCAGCCCCUGUCAAGCUCAGUGCUUGUCACUGUGGUCAUUGGCGAUAUUAACGACCACUGGCCUCGGUUUACGAACAGCCCCUAUGUGGCCUAUGUGCCCACCGAAAUGGCUCCAGGCUCGGUUGUUUGUGCAGUAAGAGCAACUGACGAAGACAGUGAGAUGAACGCAGAACUACAGUAUUCAUUAUAUGGACAAAGCUCCGAUCUGUUUUCCAUCAAUCCAUUCAGUGGCACCGUGUUCACUUCAAGUGCUCUCAGGAGAACAGAAGAUAUCAUUGUCAACAUACAUGUGGAAGAUGCUGGAGAAAAUCCUAAAUUUGACAGCACCACCAUGAGUAUCAGGUUUCAGAACGUCUCUGACUUUCCAGAGAUGAAUGUGGAUGUUCUAAGUUAUUCCCUCUCCGAGGACGAGCCAGUGGGAACAUUAGUGGCUGUGGUCUCUGCUGUGAGUGUCAGAGCUGAACCCAUCUCUUUUUAUCUCGCCUCCGGAAACUUUGAAGUCAUGUUUCAUGUGGAGCAAUUAAGUGGAGCACUGAGAGUGGAGAACCCUCUGGAUUAUGAGAACAAAAAGGAUUUUACUUUAUUGGUAGAAGCCAGAGACUCUGGCUCGCCUCCUUUCUCAUCAUUUGCAGAAAUUCAUAUAAACAUCAGCGAUGUUAACGAUAACUUCCCUCAGUUCACUCAAGCCGAGUACAGGUGUGAGGUUUUUGAGAAUUCCCCGCCAUCCUGGGUUUGUGAUGUUCUUGCCAUUGAUGCCGACUCUGGCAGUUACGGCACAGUGCGGUACAACAUAACAGAAGGAAACACUGAUCAUCUCUUCGCAAUUGACUCUGAAAAUGGUUUAUUGAGCACCACUGCAAGUUUAGACAGAGAAAAUAUCCCUAAAUUCAGCUUGAUAGUUGAAGCUGCAGAGGGAGGCAAUCCUCUUCAUAGAGACCGAGCAACUGUUAUCAUCAUUGUUUUAGACAGAAAUGACAACAUACCUCGUUUUUCACAGAUUUUUCUCACAGAGGUUCCCGAGGACGCUGGUGUUGGACACACAGUUAUACAAGUCACCUCAACUGAUGAUGAUACUGGUCCAAAUGCAGUUAUUAAUUACUCCAUAAUUGACCAAAAUGAUGAUAUUCCAUUUAAUAUUGACUUUACCACUGGCUACAUCACAGUUGAAAGACUUCUGGACAGGGAGAUGCAGGAUCAUUAUGUCCUGAAAGUAAGUGCAAAUGAUUCAGUAUGGAUCAUAAGCACGGACGUCACUAUAGUCAUUACAGACGUUAACGAUAAUAAACCAGUAUUUUCUGAUCAUUUUCACAACGCUGUCCUCCCUGAGACAAAAGAUAAAGAGGUGUUUGUUAUGCAGGUUCUUGCUACAGAUGCAGAUGUUGGGCAAAACAGUGAGAUUUUAUAUGUUAUUGAGCCUCCAAAUGAGGAGUUUUGGGUGAACGCUACCUUUGGUCAAAUCUAUACGAAGCAGCCAUUGAUGUUGCAUCAUUCUGCUUUUGAAAUCUACCAAUUUACAGUCAUGGCUUUUGAUUGUGGCGCUGUUCCCCUGUAUAGCAACGCCACUGUCACUGUGAGAUUAGAGCCUUAUAAUCACUACCCGCCGAUGUUUCUGCCUCUACAGCCUCUCAUUGCGAUCCCAUAUGACAUGGCUACAGGAACUGAGGUGAUCCAGUUUGCAGCAAUAGAUCUGGAUGUCAAUAGUAGCAGUGCUAAUAUUGAGUAUGUUUUAAAUGAAGAUAAUGCUUCGGAUUUCUUUUGGAUCCAACCUGACAAUGGCAAAGUAAAGUUAAAGCAAAGUUUGACAGAGAACCUAAAUUCCUUUCUCACUUUAAUAGUUGUGGCAAAAGAUCAGGGCACCCCACCUUUAUCAUCGCAGACUGAAAUCACUUUUGAAAUUACUGGGAGGAAUCAAUUUUCACCAAGCUUUAGAGAGCCAGCUGUCACUUUCUCUGUCCCUGAGGACUUGCCGGUAGGAUCGGUAAUUGGGAGAAUUCAAGCAGAAGAUAGGGAUUACGGUCCCAAUGGUGCCAUCAUGUACUGCAUUACCCCAGAAAAUCAAUAUUUACCAUUCUCUGUAGGAGAAGCCUCUGGGCUUCUAACACUAAUCAGAGAGCUUGACUUUGAAGAAGAAGUUAUUCAUCAGCUUCAAAUCAAAGCCGCGGAUGGUGGCUGGGUCUCUAGAAAAAGCAUGUUAAAUGUUACAGUGGUUGUUAUGGAUGUGAAUGACAAUCCUCCAGUCUUUUCAUACUCCGAAUAUCUCACAUCAGUCCCUGAAAACUCUGAAAUUGGAACAAAUGUCUUAGAUGUCAAGGCUGCUGAUGCUGAUGCAGGUAUAAAUGCACAAAUAUCCUACUCUAUCAUUGCUGGUCAUGUGGAUAAAUUUGCUAUUGACUCAAGAAAUGGCACAAUCACUACUUUGGAUGUGUUUGAUUAUGAGCGAGAGCAGAUCUUUGAUGUAACCAUCAAAGCUUCAAACGCUGGCGGUUAUAAUUUAUUUACUCUGGCUCAUGUCGUCAUCCAAAUUGCAGACAUCAACGAGUUCACACCUACAUUCAGGAAAAGAGAGUUUAACUUUUCAGUAUAUAAAAAUGUGACUGUUGGAACUAUCAUUGGAGCAGUAACAGCCACAGAUUAUGACCAAGGCUCUGAAGGUCAGGUGUUUUACCUGAUGUUUGGCCAAAAUAAAUAUAUUGGCUUUGAAAUCAACAAACUUUCUGGAGAAAUAUACACAACUGGCAGUCUGAGGAAACAAGGCAACAGUCGCAUAGUUUUAAAAGUUCUGGCAAAGAACUCUGGGGUCAUUACUGGCAUGGAUGUAGAUGAAACUUUGGUCCUCAUCAGUGUGAUCGACACAAACGAUGCACCCAUGUUCACCUCUGCACUUUAUUUGGCGAAUGUGACAGAGGACAGCCCGAUUGGGACAUCUGUGAUAACUGUGAGCGCUCUGGAUCAGGACUCCAUUUUGGACUGGAAUCGUUUCUUUUUCAGCAUUGAAAGUGGAAACACAAACUUCUCUUUUGCCAUUGAUCCACCCAGUGGUGUUAUUUCAGUAAAUUCUCCACUUGACAGAGAACUGUGGGCAGUUUAUAACCUGACUGUCACAGCCACUGAUAACGGCUCUCCACCAGCCACUGGGACCACUAAAGUCACUGUGACAAUUGCUGAUGUUAACGACAACACCCCCGAACUCACAUUAACUGAGGCUCAGCUGAAAGAAAAUCAGCCUCAAGGCACCGUAGUAGCCAGAUUAAAUGCAUCUGACUCUGAUUUGCCACCAAACCAGGGACCUUUUACCUACUGGCUGGUAAGUCCUUCAACAGGCAGCGCUUUUUCACUGACUCCUGAUGGAGUUUUAUUCACCACAAGACCCAUUGAUCGGGAACAAAUCUCUGCAUAUCGGGUUCUGUUGGCAGUUAGUGAUGCAGGGACUCCUGCGCUGUCAUCAACAGCAAUAUUCCACAUCAGGAUUGUGGACGAAAACGAUAACCCUUCACUGCCCAGAAAUAUCUUCAUCGAGGUCAAAUAUUUUGGCAGUUCUUUCCAAGGUGGCAUGAUUGGUAACGUCCACCCUGAGGAUCAGGAUGAGUCUGAUACAUUUAUCUGUGGGAUCAAAAGCGGGCCACUGAACAUGUUCACGAUACCUAAUGGCACAUGUGAGCUGUGGUCGUCUCCUUUCCAAGGCGAGGCUACAUUCAAUAUCACCAUCGAAGCUACGGACCAGCUUCACUUCCCAGUCAACAACAGCAUCUAUGUAAACUACAAAGGUUUUACAAAUGCUUCUAUAGACAGUUGUAUAUUAUUCUAUAUGUCAUCAUCCUCAAUGGAAGAGUUCUUGUCUAAUAAGUAUUUGAGGUUUGUGAAAGCUCUGGACAGUCUGUUUAACCUACAAGCCUCUAAGACUCAUGUAUUUGGAAUCAAACUUAUUGGUAGUGAAAUCCUUCUGUUGGCUGCAGUCAAAAAUUACAAUGGUGAAUAUCUCAGCAGAGAAGUGGCGAGUGGCAUCUCUGCAGGACAUAAGAAAUUACUGGAGUCUCAGACCAAUGUGAUGAUAUCUCACAUCACCAGCGAUCCCUGUCUCACCAGCCCUUGUCAGAACGGGGCAGUGUGCAACAAAAACAUUUACAUCGGCCAGGACGUUGCUGUGCUGGAGAGCCUGCUUGUCAUCUUUGUGUCACCGCAGAAAGAGGUUUUUAAUUGUACCUGUCCAGCCGGCUUCACCGGGACACUGUGUGAAGAUGACAUUGAUGAAUGUGAGGUGAAUCCCUGUAAGAAUAAAGGCACAUGUGUGAAUACUGCAGGAAGUUUCUACUGUCAUUGUCAGAGCAGCUUUUCUGGCUCUAUCUGCUCUAUUGAUGUAGAUGAAUGUCUGAAGGUGAAGUGCCAAAAUGGAGGGACAUGUCUUCCCGCACAGGAUGGAUAUUACUGUCACUGUGUGCCUGGAUAUGAAGGAGAAAUGUGUGAGCAGUUCAUAGACCACUGUAGCUCCACACCCUGUAUCCACGGCAGCUGCAUUAGUUCACAGACUGGAUUCUCUUGUCUUUGUCCCUUUGGAGUCAGUGGCGUCCACUGUGAGGAGCACAGUUUCGGCUUUGAGGAGCUGUCCUUCAUGGAGUUUCCCCCAUUAGACCGCAGGGCUAAUUUAAUCUCUCUAGAGUUUGCGACAGUGCAGAGAAAUUCCUUGCUCCUCUACAGCCCUGGAGGAUCGUCCAGCAGGGAGUUCCUUGCACUGGAGAUACUGGACGGGGCCAUACAUCUCUCUUAUGACCUGGGCUCAGGACCUGUGAGGCUGCAGACAAACAAACAAGUGGCAGAUGGAUAUUUUCACAUUGUCACUGCCAGGAGGAUUGGUAAUAUGGGUUCUUUACGUGUGGACAACUGCACAGAUGUUGAGAACAAUGGAUUUUGCUUUUCAGAGAGUCAUGGCAGUGGCUCAGAGAGGAGCCUAGAUGUUGGCAACAGUUAUAUCACAUUUGGAGGAUUGAGGACUAUUGAAUUUAUUCUACUGCAUCCUGCUCAGAUAAAAACCCAUGACUUUGUCGGAUGUAUCCGAAACAUUCAUGUUAAUGGCAUCCAGCUGACACAGUCUAUGGCCCUUGUGACAUAUAACAUUCUUGAUAGGUGUCCUCGAACAGCAGUUUCCCCAUGUCACAGCGACCCAUGUAAGAAUGGUGGUGUAUGCCACGACCUGUGGUCUGACCAUCUCUGUGAGUGCAAGAGUCCUUUUUUUGGAAGCGACUGUGCCGAAGAAUCAUCAGAAGAAUUUGUAUUGAGACUUGAUGGGAACGACUAUAUUGAGUAUGUCAUAAAGGAGAGAUUCAAGAGAGACUACCUGCUAAAAGACUCGCUGGAUGAUGAGAAAGAGGGGAACAACAGACACCAAACAGUGAUUAACAUCAAGUUCAAGACCAAACACAAUGGAGCAUUAAUGUUUGUUACUGGACAGACAGGAUAUAUCAUGCUGAAGAUAAAAGACAGAAAACCUGUGUUCCUGUCCAAAGACACGCUGUCCGGACACCUGUCAGAGUUCACUGUGGACUCUACAGUGGCUGACCGGGUCUGGCAUGUCCUAUCCUUGUUCAGCAAUGGACAGAUCACUUUUCUGACUCUGGAUGGAAAACCAGUCUUGAACAUCACCGACCGAAUAAUGGAUCUCACUCCUGUUAGUGUGGAAAAGAUUAUUCUUGGUGCGGCUCUGACAGGCGACUCAAAGCUCCAACAGUCAGGGUUCAGUGGAUGUGUUCAGUAUUUCAAUGUGACCGGUUACACUCUGCCUGUCAGCGGACACAGUGUGACGGUGGACAUCUGGCCGAGCCCCACUCUUCUCCAGUCCAGCUGCAUCUCUCCAGGUGUCUGUCUGCCCUCCCCCUGCUCUGAUGAGGACACUGUCAGGAGGAGUUGUCUCUCUGGACAGUGUCAAACCCGGUGGAGGUGUGGACCCGCUGUGCAGAACAGGUCCUGCAUCUGUUUGCAUAAUGUCUCCGACCACGCCUGCGAUAUCUGCAUCUCUACAACAGAAAGCCGUGAUCAGUGCUCUGAGGCAGAGGGCAGUGUGCCUCUGUGGCUCAUAGCUGUGAUUCUUCCUCUAAUCUCUAUCCUGGUUAUUAUAGGAAUGUUUCUCGCCCUUUACAGAGUGAGGCGGCAGAACGCAAAGUGUCAGCCUGAUAGUUUGCCACAGAAGACAGAGCGAGGGACAGACAAUGUAACUUUUUGUUUUGAUGACAACAUGACGCUCACGGAUGCUGCACCUGCAGAAAAAGAGAAACAACAUGACCCAGUGACUGCUGAUCUGCAGAGGUCAAGUGUGGAGUUUUACUGUGAUGCCAGUCUGUCAAGUGUGCAGCCGGAGCCCAACAGUGAGCUGGAGUAUUAUGAAAUCGGCAGCAUCUCUAGUGCGUUUCAUUCAGACACCUCCCUCGAGCUCAGCUGGCACAAGCAUUGGUACAGCACAAAGUGUGCGAAAGCUGAUCCUAAACGGUGGGGAGAUUUGAAGAUGCUACUCACAAGAUUUAAGAAGGAAUGCUCCAGCGAAGUGAAGGCAAAGAGUCCAACAAAACCUCAACAUGUGGCCUCCCUAAACAAGCAACUGUCAGAGCAGCCACAGAAUACACCACCUUGUUACACAAAGAAGAUCCCACAACCAGAGCUCCUGGAACCUGUGCAAUGCCUCACCUUUGAAGAAAUUAGUAAAAUAAAUGCUCCUCUGGAGCAAACAAUGUCACAUCAAGCAUCCCUGAGGUGUGGACCCACCAAGUCCACCACGAUGGAGGAUGUCUCAUUUGACAGUGAAACAGACAGCACAUUCACCUGCUCCGAGUCGGAGUGUAGACAGGUUUCUGUCAUCAGCACCAGGAAAGAUGGACAUUACCAGUCAAGCCUCUUUGCACGCAGCUUCAGACAACAAGACAUUUUGCCUGUGAGCACAUUAUUCAAACACAACUGUCACUCUGCUGCAGGUCAGCAUAAAGAUGACAGUACUCCCUCAAGGAUGUUUGAGCGAUGGGAAAAUAUUUUAAAUAUGCAUCUACCUUAUAGCAGCUAUGUUCCCGUAUUUGAGGAUAUUGUAUGUCUACCCAUGGAACCCAGUCAGAGCUAUGACAUGCAAAGUGACACAGAGGAAAUUAUUUGAGUGUCAUUAUAAAGGUGUUGCUGUAAUAUAUCAAAAUUCACUAAUACUGCAAAUUAAUGGAAGUCUGAAGUUUUAGUUCUAAACAAGCAAUGAAAUAUGUUUUCACUUAAAGCAGAACUCUGGAUCUGGAUCUUACUCACUGGGUGUCUGAUAUCCUGUACUGUGUUAAAAUUAAUGAAACAUAAUAGUUUCAAGUACUGUCAAAACCCAUCACCACCACAGCCUAUGUCUUUUGAUUUAAAAUUGAAAGUAUAAGUGGACAUUCAUCUCAGGCUCCACUUUAUUUUAAUUCUGAUGGUUUGGCUCUAUCUAGUGGACAAAUUCAAGGUUACAUUCAGAGGUGGUCUAAUCAACUGUAUAGAUUAUAUAAAGAUUGUAUAUUUUGUGUAUUUAUCACAUAUUGAGUAGUUAAGAGGUUUCAUAAUUGCCCUCAAAAAUAAAUAAAAAAAUUUAAAAAAAUGUUUAAUUAGGGGAAGUACAGUAUAUUUAAGCAUGUAUUUCAUUGUGUAUUUCAAGAACUAUAGGCAGAUUCAAGAUGAAAGAAAAAGGCUGAUUUCAUCUUUGACUGAAUCAGUAUACAACCAUCAGAGGAUUCUACUCAACACUUUGAUGGAUGUUAUCCUGUCUCAGUUUUACUCUGUAUAUUCAUAUAAAUGUAAAUAGCUUAAUUGAAUAUGCAAAUGACACAUAUCUAUGGGAAUAUAUCAGUUUUCAAAAUGCUAUGUAAUCAUUUUUUUUUUAAUUUAGUUAAUUAUUUCCACACAGAAUACACAUAACAGGACAACAGCAGAGUUAGAGACGGCUCUUGCUUCACUCAGUCACUUUGUAAUUGUUUCUAUUUCACUUUAUUUAAAAGUAAAAGUUUUCAUACUUCUCAUAUGAUUUUGCAUGUGUUUUUAAUUCAUCUUACGACAACAAUAAUUGAUUUAUUUGGAGGAUAAAUACACAUAGUGUAACAGUUCAUUUAUUGAACAGAAUUUCUCUGACACUGAACACUUCCACUAGAACAGCUAACAUUUAUGCUUGUGGAGUCUGAACUUGUCUGCACUAAACAGGCCAGGUCACGAUGUAUAUUUGCCUUUUCUAUUUUGUAGUAUGCAGGAGUUUUUGCCUCUCAAGUGUGUGUCUGUGAGAGAGAGAGACCUGUUUCUAAUACAGACAUAUGUUUUAUUAAAAAUUACAAACGUAAUUGUACAUGUAUUUCUAAUAAUAAAUUAUAAUAAGUUAGA